AUUUUGCCAUUAUUAUGAUGAUUUAUUUUAUUUAAGCUGCUUCGAUGAUUAAACAAAAUAAAAUGACGCAUGUUUUCACCAGAUAUAAUGAGAUUAAUAUAGAAUAAAAUGUGUUUUAACAUUUAGUAACUAUUUUAUGGCUACAUUUGGUUAUUUUACUAUUUAAUUUCUAAACUAUUUCAAGUGUAACAAAAGAAGGCUUGGACAUAAAUAAUUCUAUCCAACUAUUUAUAUGUGGUACAAUUUAUCCGUGCAAAACAAGACAAACACUGCCCUCUAUUGGACAAAAUAACAAACAGCAGGAGGAGGAGGUUUUAUUAUUACGUUGGUCUGUGUCAUCACAGGGAGUCAGGGCGAGUCUGAGCCGCAGACGUCGACGAGGGUGGAAACAGGAUGCGCAUCAGUAUGAGAAGAAACCAUCGUUUUGUCCCCUAAAGAUAAGUGACCGUUUCAUCCAAACCAGAGGGAAGCCAAAGAUACAGCCGACGCUGUCCUGCACUCCAGUCUCUGUGAACUAAAACCUGUUCUCUCCCCGACCCCUGACGCGACGCCACCAUGGCCGGAAAAGAGCGCAGCCCCCGCCAUCGGCCGUGGUCAGUGUACCGGGCCAACACGUUUGAUCUCUCAGCUGAGAUGAUGGGGCUGGCACUGGCAGGCAACAGUCAGGAUCCAGACGAGCCUGUGCUGGAGUUCAGUGUUGCCUGCAGUGAACUGGUCACUCCAUCUCUGGACCGUAAGCCCAGCAGCUUCGUGGCAGUCAGCUGCACCACACCGCCCCAGGCCUUCUGGACCAAGCACGCUCAGACAGAAAUCAUUGAGGUGAUCUUCACUCAGCCUGCCCUUUCCUGUGAAGGCGUCCACCGCCUUUUAGCUUCAAAACCAAUUCAUUUCUAUCCUUCCUGUCUUUUUCUGCAGGGCACCAGUAACCCAAUCUUCCUGAGCAGUAUAGCCUUCUUUCAAGACUCCCGGAUCACUCAGCAGACUCAGGUCAAGCUCUCGGUCUACGAUGUGAAGGAUCGCUCCCAGGGCACGGUGAGCACCAACCUUCGAAACAUGACUUUUUCUUUAGCCGUAAAUAAAUCUUGGUACCGACUCUGGGUUGUUUGUGGUUUUGAACGACAGAUGUACAUGCUGGGCACGGCCAUGUUCUCUGUGAAGGAGCUGCUGCAGGACAAACACCACAGAAUGCACCUGACUCUCAGAUCCACAGAGAGCGAGCGCGUGGGCAACGUCACGGUCAUCGCAUGGCAGAUUGAGGAGAAGCGUGAGCAGAGAGCUCCUGUGUCAAGACUACAGAGAGGAGAUACUGUCAAUGGGAGAAUGGUCCUGCCGGUUGAUGAGAGUCUGACUGAACCCAGAGACAUUAGAUCCAAGUCUUCGUCUCUGUGCAAAGACCCUCUGCUGAAGGCUGUGUUCGGAGGCGUGAUGUCGAGGACGUACCGCUUCCCCACCACGGACGGAAACCACCUGCGUAUCCUGGAGCAGAUGGCGGAGAGCGCGCUGUCGCUGCACAUCCCUCGACAGUUCGUCAAACUGUUGCUGGAAGAGGACGCGGUCAGGGUGUGUGAACUGGAAGAGCUGGGUGAGCUGUCACCGUGCUGGGAGAACCUCAGGAGGCAGAUUAUCACUCAGUACCAGACUAUCAUUCUCACCUAUCAGGAGACCAUAAGUGACCUGCACGAGUAUAAAGGUCCGUCUUUUAAGUCUAGCACCUUGAAAGCUGAAAAGAAGUUGGAGUUCAUUCCCACUAACCUGCACAUCCAGAGGAUGAGGGUCCAGGGAGAGUCUGGUUAUGAUCGUACCUAUGACGUGGUGACCAUCGGCGCUCCUGCAGCCCAUCAUCAGGGCUUUAAAGGCUGUGGCCUCCGAAAACUGCUGCACAAACUGGAGGAAGCCAGAAAACACCAUUAUGAGGAGGAAAGCUCUGGCUCCAAAGGAAAGGCCUAUCAGCCGCAGGACGUGUUAAAAGCAAAGGAGCUGAUUGGUCAAAUAAACACUCUGAAGACGCAAGUCUGUUACUACACUGAACGACUGUCGCGAGCUGCCAAAGAUCGUUCGGCAAACGCUCUGGAAAGAACCUUAGCCAUCCUCACAGAGAAGACCCGUCAGUUAGUGGCGGUGUGUGACUCCAAGCUGCUCUCCUCGGCCAUCCUCGCCCUGGCGGCCGCCCGUCCGGAGGUCACCCAGCGAAGCAGCCCGUCUCCCUCUUCCACCUCACUCUCGCCUUCCUCUCGCUCCCCAUCCCGCUCUCCUUCUCGUCACCCGACUUCCCCGUCUCGCGCCGCAACUUCACCUUCCCGCCAUGUGAUUCCUCCAGAGGGCAGUGAUGUUACCAAAAAGAGAGCCUCUUUGCACGCAGAGCUGCAUGAAGAGGAGUGGGAGAAAGACUGGUUAAAUGUUGACAAGAGCCUGGAGUGUGUUCUCCAGAGGGUGGAUCGACUGCUGCAGCAGGACAAACUCCAGAGUGACAGCAGCUCCGAAGACGUCUUCCUAAUGGCUAAUGAUGAACACAGUAAUACUAAAAAAGAAAAGAGUCCAGAAGCAGAUAAGAAAUCACCAGGAGAGUGGAGCGAGGCUCUCUACCCUCUCCUCACCACGCUCACAGACUGUGUCUCUCUGAUGAGCGACAAAGCAAAGAAAGCCAUGGUGUUCCUCCUGAUGCAGGACAGCGCCCCCACCAUCGCCAUGAGUCUCACGCUGCAGUACAGGCGCGACGUCGUCUUUUGCCAGACGCUCACGGCGCUGAUCUGCGGCUUCAUCCUGAAGCUGAGGAACUGUCUGUGUGACUCCGGCUUCCUCAGACAGCUCCACACCAUCGGCUUACUGGUGCAGUACGAGGGACUCCUCAGCACCUAUGGUGAGGAACUGGCCAUGUUAGAGGACAUGAGCGUCGGAGUGAUGGACCUGAGAAACGUCACUUUUAAAGUAACCCAGGCGACGUCGGGUUUUGCCCCAGACAUGCUGCCAGUGAUCACGGGCAACCGCAACGGCUUCAACGUCAGGGUACCGAUGCCUGGAGCCCUGUUUGAGUCUCUACCACGGGAGAUCCAGAACGGGAUGCUGCUGCGUGUGCAGCCCAUCCUGUUCAACGUGGGGAUCAACGAACAGCAGACACUGGCAGAGAAGUUUGGAGAUACAUCUCUCCAAGAUGUGAUUAACAUGGAGAGCAUGGCUCGCUUCAGCUCCUAUUAUGACCAGUUUAAAGAAGUCCUGCCAGAAGAUUGCCUCCCUCGCACCUGUUCCACCACCAGCCUGCCUGAGCUCCUCAAGCUGCUCAGCCAAAAUGUGCAUGCAAAGAAAAGCAAAAAUGUGGAGAUUUUGUGGCAGGCAGCAGAGGCAUGUCGUCGCUUGAACGGCAUGCGUUUCACCUGCUGUAAGAGUGCCAAGGACCGCACGGCUAUGUCUCUGACCUUGGAGCAGUGUCAGAUUCUAGAGCAGGAGCACGCCCUGGCCCCACAGGUCUUCUACCAGGCUUUGGACUGCAUGCGCAGUGAAGGAUGCAGGAGAGAGAACACCAUGAAAAAUGUGGGAUGCCGCAAAUACGCCUUUAAUUCUCUCCAGCUCAAGGCCUUCCCCAAACAGUAUCGCCCUCCAGAGGGGACCUAUGGGAAAGUCGAGACCUAGGUGGUCACUACUGUCUGAAGGACCAAAAGACUGAUGGGGACUAUGACGACAAUGAUGAUGACAUCACACAAAGAUAAACACCCACACACAAUUAAUGAACAGCCUUUUUGUUAAUCACUGUACAGACGUCCAAAUCCCAGUGUUACCAUAGGUCUACAUUAAAUGAGGUCUCUAGGUCUGUGUCUCACUGCCCUAACAGCUGACCAACAGCAGGAAACAAUGAUGGACUACAACACAGACUCAGUCCAAAAAUAAUUUACAUUCUCACACACUAUAAAGUAUCAACAGAAUUACUCCUUCUCUCAUGUACUAAAUGCCUAAUGAUGCUCUAAACCCAAAGUAGGUGAUGCAGCAGACAACAAGGCCUCACUGAAGCCUUACUGUCUGAAGAGGUGGUGUUUGUGGACCUAAACUAGAGUUGUAUUACAGUGCUUUCAGAUUGUCUCCGUCCAACUGUCUCUCUGUCCUCCCACUUUUUUUCCAUUCAUUCUGACAUGUGACACAAUCCCACCUUUCAAUAAGCACAGUCACUUUUUAACGGACAUUUCUAAAACACAGAAUCACAACGUCCAGAGUCUUUUUCAGAAGCAUUCGUAAGAAACUGGUUCACAUGCAUUUUAGUAUAAAACAUCCACAUGUUAGAAAUAUUAACAAACAAUUGUCAGCACAAAUUAAAUUUGAUAUUAUUUUUGUGUUCACUAACAUAGGAAAGAUAUUGCAGAACUCAAUAUUUGAUUGAAAGUGAAUGAUAUACAGUACCUGCAUGAAAAUGAAAAAAACAACCAAACACUGAGCCAAUCAUCGUUGAUAUUCUGUUUAACGGCAGGCCAUAAAUCUUGUGUUAGAAAAACAUACAGAGACAGUGGAGAUUAUUUUACAGAUGUUAUUUGCUUACUUCUCUUUAUGGUGAUAUGGCUGUUCUUCUUAAUGCUGUUAUAGUUUGAUCCAUGGCUAUGAAAGGUACAGAAGUCAGUCUUGCUCAGAGGUUACACAGGGAAGUCUUGGUGACGCUUACUUCCCAAAAAGAGGUGAAACUGGAAAACUGGAAAAAGCUUGUUGGUAAAAACAAAUCAGUGUGCCAGUAAAAUAAAUCAGUAACUGCACAUUGGUGGGAGAUUUGGUUUAUAACUCAGCUUGACAGAAAAGUGAUUUAUGUUAUGUGAUGUUAUUUAUGUUUCUAUGUCGGACGCUUAGUUUAACAACUGUGGGAACAUACUUUGUUUAAUUAAGGUUUCAACACUUUGUCCCCACAGUACCACUUAAAUAAGUUUCUCCAAAAGAAUGAUUUGUACUGUAGUUUUAUCAUUUUUCACAGUAGUUCAGUAAUAUCAUUAACACUUAUCUUGAGAACAGUGAAUUAGCAGCUCUGUAAGAAUCAACCUACUCAUAUGGAUUUGUUUACAGGUGGAAUGUAAGCAGUAUCUAGUAAUAAAGUUAUUUAUUUAUAAUUAAAUUCAGGAGAACAUGGAACGUUCUUCUACUAUUAUAGUC